AUGUCUUCACAAGAGCACUUAAAGUCCAACAAUUACUACAUAGUAUCCGAUAAGGAGGCAUGUAUGAUUUGUGGCCUUUGGUUCAAUGAGCUGACGAUAGGUUGGCGGCCAUGGCAGGGAGAAGUGAGAGCGAUAUAUCCGACUUGGGACCACAAGGUCAAAUUGACUAGGGCUGGACACCGUUUGAAGUGGAAGAAUUUUGUCCUCGACACAGAUACUGCAAGAUGGCGCAAUCUGAAAGAACGCCCAGAAUUUACUUGUCAGAUUAAUGACUUCUAUAUGUUUCACGAUAGAUGCUGGAACAGGCUAAUGGAACACUUUUGUCCCGGGGAAUUUGAUCCCGUCAGUCUACAUCAGGCAUUGAAAUAUUUUCCACGGCCACCUGUUCCAUGGCCGUUCUACUUAUCUGAACCCAGACAAACAGUAGGGAGACGGAAAUACGGUGUUUUUGCUCUACCGACUAUUGAACAACUCAUGCAGCCUACCAAGGCGACCCCGGAGCCCGCAGAUUGGGUCGCAGAAGGACUGGCAGCUACUUACCGAAAUAAAACUGAUUUGUUUAGCCGCCUCCCCAUCGAAAUUUGUGAAAUUAUUGCUGUCCAUCUUCCGACUCGCGAUUUUCUUAGUCUGCGUCGAGUCUCAAGAGCAAUGGCGCUAAUAUUCACAAGCAUGCAUUUCUGGCGGUCACGGUUUUUCAUUAAUGAAGAGCGGGGAUAUCUUCACCCAUUAAUUCAAAAAUGGACAUCUGAGAAGGGAAACAGCACGAUUGACUGGAGACUGCUUUACCACUGUACCAGUACGCUGAAGUGCCCUAUUGACUUUUAUUUUCCGAUCAGAGUAUGGGAGUCACUGCGCUGGUUGAGAGACGCGACCUUAGCUAUACACACCAGGACUAAUGAAAAUAAGAAGAGGAAGAAGCACUAUCGUGGUCAUUCGAUGCCACCGCAGUUUGCAGGCCGAGCACUUCAACACUACCAUAAUACACGCUUCCAGAAUAUGCACGUAGAUUCAGUGGAUGUUGGACCGACGCUUCGCAAAAUUGCAAUAUCCGCUGUCAACGAUGGGUACCAGGGUCACAUAACUGGAAUGAAAUUUAUUUUCGACGAUAGGCCCGAGGUUCUGAUCGGCUAUUCAGCCCCUGGGGCAAAGGUCGUGACUGACAACGGCGUGAGGGGAAGUAUAUUCAAAUACCCAGGCGUUCAGCUCGUGGUCAAUAUCACGCGUCUGCGAGGUUUUACCAUAUUUCAUAAUGCUCAUUCCAUCCGGGGGAUAACAGUUAUUCGAGAUAGUGCUCAUCCCGAGGGUUUCGAUUGUAUUGAUCGUCAUGGCAUUGACUAUUGUUACUCUAAUAUCUAUCUAGACGAGGUCACUAAGGUUAUUGUCACAUAUGAUCAUUUUAAGUUAACUCACUUAGGAAUCCUGGGGGUAAUGACAAAACGUGAUAAUAGGGAAGGCUUGAUGGACAAGAGAUAUAACUACCUAACUCCCGUUCUUCACUCCUGA